GCAGAGCUCCCUCACAAGCCGAUGAAACCUGAUUCAACUACUACAAGUAACACAGCAUCCGUUAGCACUUCCUCUACACACGUAGAACAGCAAGAGAGGGCUGGGGUGGGAGAACCCCAGAAUCCUGGUGAUCUAGCACCGACAGGUUUAAGGAUUAGUGAUGCAGGCCGUCAUGUAGAGCCGGUCCACUGUGGGAACAAUGGUCAACACCAGGGAGAUCUGCAGGACCCCCAUCCCAGCCCUCCAUCUGGGAGAACUGGAAAAACGGAUUCCAGGAAGCGCACUUCCUCUUUCCCACCAGCAGAAGACGGAAGACAAGAGCACCAUUCACCGGUAAAACAUCAACGGUUGGAUAGCCAGCAUGCAGUGGAUUAUUUGCGGAAGGAAUGGCUGGAGAUUAGGAAAGUGCCCAAAGUCAACAAAAAAAAAUGGGUUUAUUAUUGUAGAGAUAAAAAUGUUAUAAAAUACUUAGGCCUAACUAAGAGUAUAGAGUCUGUCAGAAAAAUACUAGAUAGAAAUAAUAAUAACAGUCCUAACUCCAAUCUUUGUGAUGACCGUUAUAUCAGAGGUAUCAUUCUUAACGUAAUAGAACAGGUAGAAGUACCUGAUAAAAACAAACAAUAUGCUCUUGCAUUCUUAACAGACUCAGAUCAAAGAUUACAGUGGAAAAUUACUCCAGAGAUCCCAGAUCAAGACAAUCAUCUGCAUAGUGAGGAUUUUAUACUUAAAGAAAUAAUAGAAAGGUUAGAAAGUGGAGGGUUUACUAAAAACAGUCAUCUUUAUAUAUAUUCUCUAAACAGUCCCUGCAUAGGCAGAAAACAUGACCACCCCUGCAUCUUUCUGUUAUACUGUUUAUCCUGCGUUCUGUUUAAACGGUAUGAAAUUCAAACAUACAUCGGUUUCUCAAUAUAUUAUGGCUUUGCAGGACCCAUCAGUGGCCUUUUAGCUAAUAACAAAGACCAUCAACAAGUCAAACAAGCUAUAAAAGAAAGUGAGAAGUCCAGCCCUCGAUACAAAUUUAGUCUGAAAAACACAAAGAAGUUUAACGUUUGUAAUUGUGUUAAAAAUGCCAUUGAAGGUGAAGACCAGACAGCACUCUUACAAAGACUAGAUACAUUUAAACCAGGGGUCUACAAGUCUUUUAACACAUUAGAUGGCUGGAAAAAUGAGCUUAAUGAAAUACUAAUCACUGAAGAAAAGAAAUUUGAGGAGCUGCUGAGAGAAAUAGCUGAUGAAGAUCGUUAUGAACGUAUCCGUCAAGCUUUUAGAUCUGGCUUUGAGGAAUGGUGGAAUGCUAGUGUAGGUCUAGCAUUACUGAGUGAACAUAUAAACAGAACAGCUCUUCAGUUCUUCAUUCAGGACAGCCAGGACCUUCUGCCACAGCUUUUAACAGAAGGUAGUACCAGUCUGCCGCAGGCCAGCUUUCUAAAGUUUAUUGAAGUCCCUCUUCCUGAAUUUAGCUGAAAAUGGAUAAGAAUUGAACGCUAUUGAAACACGCUGCAAUAAAAAACCCAAAACCCA